AUGAAGUUCUGCACUAGCAUCAUUCUCGUUCUCGCCAGUACUCUCAUUACUGCAUCUCCAGUGUCCCUCGCCAAACGUGCUUCAAAUGCGGAUGCAGUUCUAGCAACAAUAAACCAGUGGUUGAAUGACAUUUCUAGAGUGAACGCUUUCCUUAACACACUUGCCAAUAACGACCCCAAUGCCGUGGCAGACGGAGCGAUGGCCUUCACUUUCGCCAACGACGAACCCAACCAACUUGCAGCUCUGAACAGUUUUCUCCUUCCCACUGACACGGCAGGUUUGAAUGCCGUGGGAAUACUUAUGCAAGUUUUUCCGAUGGUACCCGCAGCAUUCAUGGCUAUUGCAAAUAGUGGUGGAGAUCAGGGCGUUAUCUCAACCCAGGUCAACAUUAUCAAUUCAGUUAGAUGUGCUACUGUUUUGCCGCAAAUAGGGAUAUUGUUUAAUGCCGCUGCGGGAGACAAUGACCUGGGGCCACAAGAUACUCCGACUGGACCACUGGUGUGCCCAAAUCCACCUACAUUGGCUUAG